AUGCAUGCUGGCGUCAAUCGAAAGUUGAAGUUGUUGGAGGCUGUGCAGUUUGCAAUCGCCGGUUGGGAGGAAGUGCCGCUCAAGUGCGCUGCGCAACUGCUGUUUGCAAUGCAACAGUGUCGACGCGUCGACAAUGGCACGACUGAGUCAGGAGAACGAUUAUGGUCGCGCGUUAGAUGCGAGCGUGGCAGCGGAUCUCGCUGCGCUGAUGAAGAAGAUGAUGUGAUCGAACGAGUUGGGCUUGAUGCGAAUCAAGAUUUGGACAACGACUUGGAGGCUGAAGCCCCGAUACGACCAUCAGCAACUCUAGCUUGCUGUGUCAAAAUUGCAGAGUUUAUUGCUCGUCAUUCCAACUACAACGAGAAGACACGAGCUCUAGCAAAAGUGGCAGAGUUUGCCAGGUAA